ACAUGCGCUCCUGCUCGUGCACUUUGCUCGAGCCAAGGACGCGCUUAUAAGCUCGUUCACGUUGUGUAUCCAGUGUGUGAGCGAGACCGACAAUUCAUCAUCACAGUCUAUUCAAUUUCCACAGUGACGCUGACCUACUCAGAGCUUCAGCCAUGGCCUCUGGUGUGAAAGUCACAGAUGAAGUUAUCGCAGUCUUCAACGACAUGAAGGUGCGUAAGGCUCAAGUGAAGGAGGAAGAGAAGAGGAAGAGGAAGAAGGCCAUUCUGUUCUGCAUGAGCAAGGACCUCAAGAACAUUGUUCUGGAUGACGGCAAAGAGAUCCUGCUGGGAGACCUGGGAACCACCGUCCAGGACCCAUACCAGCACUUCGUGAAGAUGCUGCCCCCUGACGACUGCCGCUACGCCCUGUACGACGCCACCUAUGAGACCAAAGAAACAAAGAAGGAGGAUCUGGUCUUUAUCUUCUGGGCUCCAGAAAAUGCCCCCUUGAAGAGCAAGAUGAUCUAUGCCAGCUCAAAAGAUGCUAUCAAGAGAAAAUUUGAAGGUAUUAAGCACGAGUGGCAGGUGAACGGUUUGGAAGACCUCAAAGACCGGCACACCCUGGCAGAAAAGCUUGGCGGCUCGUCAGUAGUCAGCCUGGAAGGAGCCCCUAUAUAAAUAUUGUCCCCCCCUCUCUGGCUUCGAUCGAGGCCUUUCAGACACAUCUGUUGGGUUUAGCAGUUCAUUCCAGUGUGGUAUGGAGAAGGGCAGAACCGGCACCAUUUGCGCGACUCUUGGGGUGGGAAAUUGUGGGUGGGCUUGGGGUUCAACUGACAGUUGAGGGGAAAAAAGAAAUUCCACAAAUGCAGACGGUCAAUCCAGUUCACGCAACCUAAAGAAUAUGAACAAAACACACACACACACACAAAGGAAAAAACAUUAAGAUACAACUGAGGAAGGAUGAUGAUGUUAAAACUAAAAUACACAUUGUUCAUAUUUCAAAGACAGGGUUUUUUUUUUUUUUUCCAGGUUUCAUUUGAAUGAUUGCGGAGAAAGGGACAGACGAUAACAUUUAGUUUUCCAACCAUUGAAUCCUGACAAAUAAUCGUUCCAACUACUUUUUUUUUUUUUUUGCCAAACUUCUAGUUAAGUUUUGUAAUUGUGUGUAGUUGAGGCUAGUUGUAGUAUGAACUAAUCACAAGAUGUAUCACAACCUUUGCAAACACGGUUAAAUAUAUAUAUAUUCUUUUCUUUCGUUUUGUUAUUCCGUUUAUUUGUUUUGGUUUUUUUGACCUGCAAUUUCCAAAAUUUGAAUGAUUUCCUUUUUAUUUCCAGUUCUGGGUAAAAACCAUUUGAUGUAGUUAACGGACAACAUUCCUUGUAUUUGUUAAACCAGGAUCUCCUUGAAUUAAAACUUUGGUGUUAUGAUGGUCUGAUUGGGAGCGAUGUGUAUAUGAAAGACCAGCGGUCAGAGUUUAGCCUGAAUAUUGAAUGGUGGGUGUUUUGUAUCGUCUCCUUAUCUCUAAUAAAAAGCACUAAACUACUGA